AUGGCCAACUGGCAGCAUCACGAUUCGCCCGUCAGCCUGGAAACUUUCCCAUGGGCAGUCCAAGAUGCGUGGGCUGCCCAGCUUAUUGAGCGAGAUGGGAAAUUUUAUUUUUACGCACCUGUUGUUGGGAGCGGUGAUUACGGAGGAUCCAUUGGCGUGGCCGUGGCCGAAAACAUCACGGAUCCUUACGUGGAUGCUAUCGGCAGUCCUCUGAUUCCACAGUCAGAGAUCGAUCCUGCUGUCUUCAUUGACGAUGAUGGCCAAGCGUACCUCUACUGGGGAAACCCCAACCUAUGGUACGUCACGCUGAACGAGGACAUGGUCUCGUACAGUGGUAAACGCAAUAAGGUUACACUCACGCAAGACGGGUUUGGUGCUCGCGGAGACGGUAUCAUGUAUGCGGAAGGACCGUGGCUUUACAAACGUGGAGAGAUUUACUACAUGAUCUUCUCCGCCGAGUGUUGCUCUACUCCCAAUCAUGAAGGCGGCACUAGCAUUGGGUAUCUUGGCAGCUAG